UCGUGAUUCUACACGUUUCCCUCUAUUCCCUACCUAGUGCUAAGACUGCAAGUGCUUUGUUCUAAAAGUUUUUAGGUGGUUUACUUUUUCAGAACUUUUAUUUCAACUCGUUAUGCAAAAAUGUUAGCCAUUCCAUUUUACUGUAUGAUUUAAAAGUGAAACUAAACAUAAAUACAUGUUGCUCUUUUAAUUAUUAAAGCAUAGUGAACGAUGAUGAAUGAAAAAUUAAAAUUUUGUGACGCAGAUGAGUCUUCACUUCCACCGCCAAUACCACCACGCCGUAAAAGAUGUAAAAGUGAGGUAGCAAGGCAUCUGAAUUCCAUUCAAUCACAUGCAAUAAAAUGUGAACGCAAGCAUCGAUCAGCUCCACAUCUACCAACUCCACCUCAACGAUCUAAGACCGGAAAAAAAGUACCAGCAUCAUCGCAAAAUCAUUCAAAACGCUUAGCCUCAUCUUUCAAUCUCUAUGACAGCCUCGAAUGCAAUAUUAGUAACCAUGAUAAAGUACUGCAGACUACGUCCUUUGAAAAAAUUAAUGAAAGUGAUUAUAACGGUAACGAUACAGAUAUUAAUAUAGUAGAAGAUCAAAAAAGAUCAAAAAAUGUAGAGAACCAGGGUCUAGAUUUCAAUGACUCAAGUAGUAGUCGAUCGAGUUCACCUUUUUUUAAGUCUUCCGAACCUAAUAAGUAUCCACCUUUAUAUUUCACUUUUGAAGAUUACAAGAUGGUUGUACAAGAAUGUCCAAGGGAGAUUGAUAGAUCUACUGAAUAUAUACUAGAAAAAACUGAAGAAACGUCUAAGAAAAUUGAAGAAGUAUCAGAAAAUUUUGAUGAAAUUACGAAGGAGGUUAAAGAAAUAAAUGAAAAAAUAGAAGAAAUAUCGGAACAAGCGAUGUUACCUUUUGCAGAAAAUGUUCCGUUUGAAAAUAUCAGAGAAGAAAUAUAUUUUCGUGUUACAACCACAAAUCGACCGUUUGAACAAUGCCUUGGGCAAUGGAAUACUUUGUACACUAAUGAUAGUAAGUUAGUUGAGGAAGAGCAAAGUGAUAAAUACAUCUUUGAAGAUUAUUUAGACAGAAGUAAACAAUUAAAUAGGCCACAGAUUUUAAAACUCAACGAAGAGUUUUGUUCAAUCCCUCAGGAUGAAAAUAGUGCAUCGACAGAAAAAUCAACUACGAAAGUGCGUUUUAUUAUAGAAUCUCCCAGUACAUCGACACCAGACAUAGAUCUCGAUGAUGAUGGCAGUAGUUACAUAAAUUUUAUUGAAAAGAAAUUUUUAAGUUGUGAAAAUUCGUCGGUACAAUCAUUUGAAAUAAUUGAUGAAGAUUUUGAGACUGUCGACAAAAAAGGGUCUAACAUUAAACAACAUGAAAAUGACACAGAUACCACAAGUAAAUUUUAUUUAGAAACUGUAGAGAAUAAAGAAAAUAUGUCUGACAGUUUAUAUACAUUAACAACAAAUCCAAUUAACGAUUCGUGUUCUGAAUGGGAAGAAGAUUUUGACAUAUUUAGUUCAGCCACAUUUAUAGAAGAUAAAGGUCAAACAGAAUCACUAAUUGAAGAUAAUCUUGAAGAAUCUAAAAAUACAAAUGUUAAGCAUAAACUUUACUCAGAGUUACAUGCAAAAGAAAAAGUAUCUAAUAAAAUGAAUGAUGAAUCAUCAAAAAAAAGGACAAAGUUAAUAGAUUCUUCUUUUUAUAACUUGUCAGAGGAAGAUGAAUGGGAAUUGUAUUUUGAAAAAGACCAAGUCAAUUUAAAAGAAGAUAGGAUCCAACAAAACAAAAAAUAUCUUGAGCCAAUUGCAAUGAUUGAUCAACUUAUCACAUUCGAUGAUCGAGAUGACACAGUAGACAACACAGAAAAGAAUGACAACAUGACUACAGAGAAUAUAAAACAACUUAACAUCAGGAUUGAAAGCUCUGCAAAAAUUAAAGAUGUAGCUAAAACUGAUAGUUUAUGUAAUGAAAAAAAACCUUUUAUAGUUCUAGAUCUACAUAAAAUACCAAUAAUUGAAAUAUCUCCUGCUGAGGAUAAACCAGUGCCUGAAAAUACACCUCGAAACUCCUUUUUAGAAACAAUGUUAAACGGUAAUAACUUGUCUCAAAAUUCAUGGGUUACAUCAACUGCCAAUUGCGAAGUUGUAGCUACCCAGUUAAAGCAAGAUAUGAGUGCUUCGGCAAAUGAAAUAUACAGUUCUGAACCUCUUACCACUGAUGUAAAUGAAUUCUCUACCGAAACGGCAGUAGAGCCUACGAAUAAGUCAAGCACUGAAUCAACAGAAUCUAGCAUGAGAAUAAAAGCCUUGGAAAAAAUAAAUACAAGCUUAAGUAAAAAUACAAGUGCUGGAGAAGUCAAAGGUGAUGUAUUGGAUGAGCUUUUGGCUAACUUCAGCGCAAUCAAAUUGAAGCCAGUGAAGACUACUGUUCAUACGUUGUCUCGAUUGCAAGACUAUUGUGAAUUGGAUAAAGUAGAUGAAAACAAUAUUAAAGUAAAGACUGACAAAAAAAAUGAGAUUAAGAAAGUGGGAAACAUUUUAGAUAAUAACGAAGGUGUAAAUUCAAAUAUUGAUACCAAAUCAGAUUGUUUAACACAGCUGAUGACAAACAGUAGCACUUUUGACAUAAUUAAUGUAUACAAAAACACGAGUGCCAUAAUAAAGGAAGCUUCGCAUACCAACCAUAAUGAUAACGACAAUAAGGCCACGACACCCAUAGUUGUAACGAAGGACCAACCCCACGAGGCUGCUUCAAUAAUCCCCGGUAGUGUUAAGAACUACGUUAAAUACUAUGAGAUUCAAAGUGAGAUUUGUAGUAUAGCUAAAGUUAAGGAUAAUCUUUUUAAAAAGCACAGUGAGUGCGAGCAAGAAAAAAAUAAAACUAAAUUGAUUAAGGCAAACGAAAAAUUAAAAAAAAAUACUAAAAAUAGUGUAACACCGAAGAAAGAAGAUGUUAAAAAAGCGGGAAUCAAAUUCAGCGACGAUGCUAACAAAAUUAUGAUCCAAAAUUCUCCUUCACCUGUAAGUACUCCAAUACCACUUAUUCAGAAACAAUCGUGUUUAAAAACUGAGCCAAGUCCAAAAUUUGAGAGAAGAAAAAGUGUACAAUUCGAUAAUGAGCAUAUAAUUAUGACUACUCGAAAAAAAGAUAAGGAAAAUGAUAAGCAAAAGAACAAAGAAGAGGGUAAGUUAUCGUCAUUUGCGGGAGGCAUUACAGCAAAGCUGACAAAGAAUACAUCACUAAUGAAAUCUAGUGUUGAUAAAGUAGAGCAACAAAACGGAUUAAAGUUGGAUCAGCAUUGUAACGACGAAGCCGCCAUCAUUUGUAUUCAGAAAUCGACAGAAGCAAUGGCAACAUCUUAUUCAGCAACACCAGGUAACCGAAGCUUUCUUCCUCAAACCAAGACCCCACAAAGCAACCAAACCAUUGUAUUUUACUGCACCUUGUAAACAGUAGAUUUUUUAAAUAGGAUUUUUCUAGAAAUUUCCCAGCGAUGCUCAAUUAACAAUAUUAUUUUUUGCAAAAUGUAAACAUAAAUGUAUGAAUGAACCUUUUUCUCACACUCAUCUGAUAUGGCUCACAACUUUUAAAUUAAGACAUUUAAAAUUAAUUUAUUAAUUUAUACUAUUAUAAAACUGAAAAAUUGAAGUUUUCUAAGGUGCGUGAUAAAAUGGUAAUUAAUUUAUAAUUUUUCUAGUUCACGAAUUAAAAUUAACAUAUAGCGUCGCAAAAUACUUACAAAAUUUUCCCUUGGUGAUGUACACGAACUCAAACAUAUAUGUAAAUUCACAUAAAAUAUAAACUCUCAUGUACAAAGUACUUAUCUGCGAUUAGUCAUAAGUGUAUUAUAACUUAGAAAAGUAGCUGCUGGCAGAUAGAUUAGACAUUAUUAUUACAUACAUGUGUAACAAGUGAUAAAGCAGUCUUUAUUAUGCACCACUGAGUUUUGAAAUGACAACAAAUUUUUUUCACAGUGCGAUUAUUGUUUUAUCAUUUAAGAAAUAUUGCAUCAUAAAAGAAUGAAAAUAUCUUCAUUUCUUGUUAUGCAUGCAAUUUUGAAGUAUAUUACCAACUUAUGUUUGUAUAAUGUACACUAAAUAUGUAAGAUUAUUAUGAUUGUGAUUAAUAUAAAUAUUAAUUUCAUUAUUGCGUAAGAUUAAUUACACUGAUUUAAUCAUAAUUUUUAUUAUCACCCGUUAUACAUCUCAAAAAAGUAUUAUUUUGUUUAUUAGUAAGUAAUGAAAAUUAGAAUUUCAUGCAAAUGUGAUGUUGUUGAGAAAUCUUAAAAAUAUUUUAUAACAUUAUUUUAAUGUUCCUGAAUAUACAUAAAUAUAUAGUAAUUAUUUACUCUUGGCGAUAUUAUACGUCUCAGGUCAUUGAUAAUAAUUGCUCUCAACGCACUCAUACUUUGAUUGAUAUAGCGAACUAUGAUUAAAUACUGCAUAUUACAGCCACACAAGUUACAUUGCAAUUUGUAGGUGUAUAAAGAAAAACGCAAUAUAAACUUCACUUGCAGCAGACUUGAGUGAUAAUUUUGUAAUAAUUUUUUUUAGAUAGACAAAUCUUUGAAAAUAUUAGUUUUAUCAAUGAUAGUAAGUAUUGUAUGCGUACAGAUAUAUGUAAAAAUAAUGACAUGAGAAAAUAAGAGCGUACGUGUAGAUAGUUAAAAUAAUAUUGUAAUAAAUAAAAGCCUUGUUUUUGCUAACAAAUUAGAGAAAAAAGACACAUUUCGAUUGGUGGAAAAGAAAACCUUUUUAGAAUUGUUUUUACGCAAGAUAUAAUACAUAAAAUAAAUUAAAACAUUAGCUCUUAAGUACAGAUAAAAACAAAUUUCAUAGUUCAUAGCUGUGUUUUAUCGCAGAUAUUUGAAGCAACAAUAUUGUUAUGGCAUUUUGUAAAAGACAUAAAAAAAUCGUAUUUAAUAAUAUUUAACAAACUGUGUACUAUCGUAUAGACAAACAUAGAACUGUACUCAAAUUGGAUUGUGUUAGCGAAAAUAACUACGAUUUUAAAUUAAUGCACAUGUUACAGUUUGAUAGCGUUCCAUCAAGACAAGUUCUCUUUUUAGUCCGUUGUGUAUGUUUAUAUGAUACCCACCGAUAAACAAGUUCUUAUUUUCUAUGCUGUAUACUUUUGCUGUUGAUUUUAUUUUUGAUGUUGCGUGCAGGCAUCGUUUAUUUACUUAA